AUGUCGACCACACAAUCCGUCGCCCUUGUUAUGGGUGCAUCCCGCGGCAUUGGCCGCCAAGUAGCCAUCGAUCUAUCCAAGAAUGGCUACGCAGUGAUGCUGGCGGCAAAGACAACAUCAGACGCGACAAAGACAGUGCCAUUCCCGCCUGAUCCAAACUCAUCACAGUCUACCAUUAACACAGUAGAGCGGGAGAUCCUCGAAGCAGGAGGCCAAGCUGCAUCUAUAGCGGUAGAUGUACGUGAUGCAGAACAGAUAGAGCAUGCAGUUGAUGAGACAGUUGGAAGGUUUGGCAAAUUGGAUGUUCUUGUCUAUAACUCUGGAGCGAUCUGGUGGUCAUCUGUUGAGAAUACACCAUUGAAACGCUUUAAAUUGAUGCAGCAGAUCAAUCCAGAGGGGCUAUAUGCCACUGUUCAAGCUGUGCUGCCGCAUUUUGAAAAGAAUAAUUGGAAAGGUCGGAUUGUGGUGGUGUCCCCUCCUAUUUAUUCCAGGUUCUUUCGGGGGAGACAGCUUAUGCUAUGGGUUGGAAUGAGCGUUUUGGUUAAAGGCCUCGCUAUGGACUUUGUGCGACAGGAUCGGAAAGAUAUGGCUAUUACAAGCAUUUGGCCAGCAUCGUCCAUCGAGUCAGCCGCAACAGAGCAUAAUAAAGCAUCUGACAAAGCCCACAAGAAAGACCUCCGAAAGCCGACUAUUUUCUCGGAUGCUAUCCUGGAGAUGCUCCGUGCUCCAACGGGUACCGUGAAUGGGCUCCUAGAUACAGACGAGGACUUUCUUCGGGAGAAGUGUGGCGUCACCGACUUUUCAAAGUAUUCGGUGUUUCCAGGUUCCACGCCGCGCCGAAUAAUGCCUGCCAAAUUUCCAGUUCUAGAGGUUGCGGAACAGGAUGACGAAGGACAAAGAAUGGAUAGUACUAAGCUCAGAGCAAAGAUGUAA